GGCCAGAUCAAGCCCGUCCUCCCCGGCUCUCACACUGUUGCUCCCGCGACAAAAACAGCGACUGGACAUGACAGCAGCACGGAGACAACAUUAAAGAGCACCCGCGCAAACACUUAAACCCAUACAUAUAUCAAAUUGGACCCAAUAAUGGGCUUUAUCUCACAUUUUCUCUGUAUCAACGGCGGCAGCCUCUUGCCUACUACUGUUCUGCCCUGAGCGGCUUCAGGCUAAGCUACCGCGCUACAUACAUCCAGAUCACGGGUUUUAUUUGAAGCAUUAUAUUACUCUAGAUUGUCUCGGUAUUUUUGUUUUUCCGAACACGUAAGUAUGGCUCACACUGGUGGAGCGGAAGACGUGGGUGGAGGGAGCGACACCACGGGGCCGCUGCGCUCCCGCCUCGGCCUCCGGAGCGGCUCGUGCUCCGCUGAGAGUCAGGAGCAGCUUCGCGCGGUGAAGGCAACGCUGCUUGAGCGGUUGGGACCGCACGAGCGCCUGCUCACAUACCUACAGUCUGUCCUAUUGUGGGAGAGACCCUUUCACAGCGUCCUGCUGUACUCGGCCGCCAAUGUCAUGUUCUGGUUUUUUGCUCUGAGCUCUAUGAGGUUGCUCUUUCUGCUGGCAUCAGGUCUGGCUCUGGCUGUUUGUGUCGACACUUGGAGGAAUAAGAUCUGGCCUAAGAUUAGAGUUAAAAGACAAGAUGAGAGUGAGAAUGAAAGCUGGGGUCUGGUGCAGCCUGGGACUUUGAGUGUGCCUGAAUUAUGCCACCACCUGGCUAAAGUUUGGGUUACAGGCUCUUCCUGUGCAACAGAUCUUGUGCAGUUCAAACGGCAAAAUCCAGGGAAGUUUUGUAUGCUGGUUUGUGGUCUGUUCACCUUAGUGGCCACGGUGGGGCGCUACAUCCCUGGACUGGUGCUGUCAUACAUGGCUUUGAUGGGUGUGUUGCUGUGCCCAUUGGCUCUGUAUUAUCGGCUGUGGCAGCUUGCAUGUGUGAAGCUGGAGCCAGCCCUGCAGUGGCUGGACUUCAGCGCCAAGGGAUACAUGAUGUCAAAGCCUAUAGAUAACCAGUUUCUUCGUAAGCCCAUCAGAAGCGGGACCUCAGAUGACGUUAGUGACAGCGAAGAAGAACUGGCUGCAUUCUGCCCAUCGUUUGAUGAAGCAGCGGUUGCUAAGGAGCUGGCACUGACUGACUCUGAGCACUCGGAUGCUGAGGUGUCGUACAUGGAUAACGGCACCUUUAACCUCUCCAGGGGUCACACACCCCUCACAGAUGGCUCAGAGGAUCUAGACAGACACAGUGAUCCAGAAGAAUCAUUUGCCUGUGGGCUUCCAGACUUCCCCUCCAUCAACCCAGAUGCCACCCUGAUGGAGGACGAUGAUGAUGCCAGCAUCGGGCUGCCCAGUCUCAACUCAGCCGCACUCUCUGGCCCUCGCGGCUCUACCUCCGCCCUGCUGGACCUGGACACUCAGAUGGACUCCGAUCAGGAAGACUUCGACCCUGAGAUCUCCUUUGGCUCCCUAAAUACUACCUCUGACCUCACUAGUAACUUGGCAGGGGUCAUCGCCAGCAACAUGAUCCAGGCAGCCAUCGCAGGAGCCAUGCAGCCCCGCCCACCGCAGGGUCCUCGGAGAGAGAGCGGCCCACGGGCAGGAGCUGCUCCGAGGGGAUACAGAAAGCAGUCAAGCUCGGAGCUGGACAUAGACCUGGACUUUGAUGGCGAUGACUUUGAGAUGUUGGAUCAGUCCGAGCUGAACCAGUUGGAUCCUUUUGGAGGAGGGCAGGGGGGGCAAAACAGAACCCAGGGAUCCAGUUUCCUGUCCAACUUGCUGGGGAAGCCACAGUGAGCCUGUCUUGCAGAUACUCCCUCCGUCUGUCUGCCCCUCAUAUCCCUUGCACCUUGAUCCGUGUAGAACAGUGGUCUCAAACUCAAUUCCUGAAGGGCCACAACUCUGUAGAGUUUAGUUCCAACCAGCUCCAUUUACUUGGAAGUUUCUAAUAAUCCUGAAAGACUUGAUUAGCUAGAUCAGGUGUGUUUGAUUAGGGUUGGAGCAAAACUGUGCAGAACUAUGGCCCUCCAGGAAUUGAGUUUGAGACCACUGGUGUAGAAGUUUGCAGUGUUGGUUUGAACGUAUACUGAGAUGCUUAACAUUUUUCUGAGUGAGUGCGACGAAGAAAGAGUGUGUUUGUUUUGCACUGUUAUUGUUAUAUUAGAUUCACUUGCCAGGUUAGUUCCACUGGCUGCAGUUGAUAUCACUGUGAAGUAAUCUUGUUUGUAAUCUGAAUCUUCUUUGCUCCGUGAGCUUCCGUGUCCUCUUUCAUUCGUCUGAGAGUGUAUGACACUUGUGUGUGUGAGACUCAUGAUUUACUUUGUAGGCUAAGCAAUAGGACAACGAUCAUAAAAACAUUUUAAAAGAUCCGAAAUCUCUUUAACUUCUUAGAAACCAGCAAAACAAACAUCAAACCUUUUUACUACAUCCAAAUCUUAUAGAUCUUUCACACCAGUCGCUGUAUUGUUUGUCUUCAAUAAUAACCCGUGGGACCAAAUCAGGCAUUCCACCAUCGCAUGUAAGAAAGAUUGUGAAAUCUACAGUCUGAGGAGUCUGAUGAAGGAGCAGUGACAAAUUAAGGCGGCAGCAGCCUCAUCUCAUGUUGUUAAAGUGGUAGUUCACCCUAAAAUCUUAAUUCUGUCUUCAUUUACUUGUACUCGUGCCAUUUCUAAACCUGUAUGACAUUCUUUCUUCUGUAGAGCAUAAAAGAAGAUAUUUUUAGGAAUGUCUUAGUAUUUUUUUGUCCACACAGUGGAAGUCAAUGACAACAAAAACUGUUUGGUUACCCACAUUUUUCAAAGCAUCAUCUUUACACAGAAGAAAGUCAUAAGGGUUUGGAACAGCAUGUGGGGUGAGUACAUUAUGACAAAGUUUUCUUUUUCUCAAAAAUGUCUUGUUUGGGUGGACUAUCAUUUUAAGACUCUGAGACAUAAGCUUUUCUUAAAAGGUUAUUUCAGCCAAUCAUGAAAAUUGGGCUGCAUUUUAUUCACCCCAAAUGCAUCCUAGGUGUAAAUGACUUUAUUCUUUCAGACGAUUCCAGUAUAUAAAAUAGUGUUUGAUCUUUCAAGCUGUAUCAUUGCAGUAAGUGGGUGUUGCAUUGCUUCAGUCCAAAAGACGUGAAAUAAAAAGCACCCUUCCAUGAAAAAAACUAAAAAGUGUCUCACACGGCUGUGAACAAACACCUUCUGUAGGGAAUCCAUGCGUUAUUUUAAGAAAGAGAUCCAUAUUCAAAACAUAUUAAUCACUUGAAUCUAGCUUGCACUCACUGUUGUAAAUGAAGCAGUUCCGGGGGAGUGAUGUAUGAGGUCAGCUUUGUGCAUGCGCUGCUCAGACGAAAGAUCAAAACAAAACAACGGUUUUAUUUAUUUAUUUUUAAUGAAAAGGCGCUUUUUAUUACACUUCUUUUGGACUGAUGCCGUACAACACCCUCUGACUGCAAUGAUAGAGCUUGAAAGAUCAAAGACAAUUUUUUACAUAACUUUGACUGGAUUUCUCUGAAAGAAGAAAAUCAUAUAUACACCUAGGAUGCAUUGGGGUGAGUAAGACGCAGCCUAAUUUUCAUUUUUGACUGAACAAACACUUUAAGGUCACUGAGUGAUAAACAAAAGUCUUGUUAUUUCACUUUGCUAUAUGGGGUGAAUUCAGGUAAAUCGGGAUGCUUUUUGUCAUUGAAUUGUACCUGUUCACCCCCGUUUGUUUUUUAUGUUUUUAUAUGGUAGCCAGCAAUGUUGUUCUCAACAAGUUUUUCAUUUUUUCUUUUAUUUUUAAACAUGUAAUUUGCUCAACUUAACAGAAGAUGUUUCUUUCAGAAUUAUAUUUACAUUUAAAUAUAAUUUUAAAUUAUAAAAAAAGUAGGCAUUUCCUAAUUUUUUUAAAAUCUCUUGAAAAAUGUGGAAAUAUUGUCUUUCAAAUGACUGUUUUUCAUCUGUUUGUCAGUUGUCAAUUGAAAAGUCCAAAUCAACCAAUACCAACUUGUUGAACAGCUCAGCAAUGCUGUUGAUCUGGAUAAAACAGCAGCACAUUGACUCUACCUCAAACAAGACAUUCGGCUGUAACUGCCACCUGUUCAUACACAGCCUCCUCUCUUCAAACAUACCUUUAACCGUUCUGACUUCAUGCAGGAACUUUUAUACAGGUAGCAGCAGAAAAACUGUAGAUCUCCUCUGCAUCGUCUCAUCUGGUCUGGUCUGAUAUGAGAUUUAAAGCGAAGUGUAACAUUCAGUGCAGUACUGAAGCACAAAGGGUUUGAGAAAACACCUUUCUUGUAGUAUGAUAAAGCUGGUGGAAUUAAAUAAGCUGAAUCUGCUGUUUUAUUUGCUGUUCCUUUAGUAGAUGCUGACCCUUUACGUUUUACACUUUUGCCGUGUGAAUUGUUUCUGUUUCUGAACCAAUGUUGAUGAGACCCAUCAUUGCUGGCUUUAAGCUUUCAUUAUUGUGUACGCUGGAAAGUAGGAAACAUACCGGAAAAAUGUUGUACUGAUAAAAAGGCAUUCUGUUACCAGAGAUCACUGAAGUGUUUUCUAUUUUCUAAGUGUACAACACUUGUUUAUUUUUUUUUAAGUGAUGGAGCGUUGAAGAAUUAUAAGGAAGCAGCUUAUCUUCACAAUCUGUCACUUCUUGCUAUUCCAGUUUGUUAAUUACAAUUCAAACACAAGUCUUACUAUAUGCAGCCAAGUUGAGUUCGGUUAGAAGAGCAGUGCUGUUUAUUGGAGUGUUUCAUAUUUGGUCACGUUUCUGUGAUUUUACUUAACCUCUUUUCUUUUUUUCUUUUUUUCUGUUUUUGCUUUGUUGUGAGCCCUAAGGUUUUGAAUUGUUGAUGGUAUUUUUUUGGAUGAUUGCUGUGUUAAAGGUUUUUUUAAUUUUUUCAGGUAGUUCAUGUGUUAAACGUUACAUUUGUGGGAUAGAUUCUUUAAAUAUGAUUGAAGUUUAAUGCAUAGUAAGUUUACAGAUUGAAAAGCCUUUAUUUUCCCUGUAUUUUUAUGAUUGUAGUUAUUAAUACUAUUAUUAAUAAUAAUACUUUGCUAUUUAUAUGGACACACUUUUUUAUAAAUGUAGAUUGAUUUGAUUUGAUAAACUGUCCAUAUUUCUUAAAAAAAAAAAGCAUGACCAGAAUUUUGUUUAUUUUUAAGUGUGUCAGUGUGAUUACCAUUCAAUGGGAAAUUAUCUGGCCAUUUUACCCUGUCCAUUCACCUAUUGUGCUCCAUUUCAAUGAAAGUCACCAGCAGUUCAAAUAGGACAAUGUGGUAGUUUAUACAUUGAAAGAAAAGUAUGCCCAGCAUCAUCUAUUGAUGUUAGUGAUUCACACAUAAAUCAGUUAUCAGUCUGCCAUGUUGAGGAGAAUGCAAAAUAGAGAAUCACUCAUCUUUUCUCUCAUUGUGUGUGCAUUUGAGUCUUUCUGUAGCUGGAUUCUGCAGUGUCUUUUUAUUUCUGUACAGAACUAUUUCCCUCUUACAUUCUCUGUAAUUGGUUUUUGAUCAAUUUUGACGCGCAAGACAAUAAAGAGAUGAAUGAAUAUGUA